GACUGCCUCAUUGAAGUUGUUUUGUUUACUCUGCAUCACGUUCGUCAUCCUUCAUCAUGUCAAAGAUUGACACCCAUCACCACUUUGUGCCGCUUUUCUAUGCCCAAGCGGUCGAAAAUGCAGGAGGUGAUCCGUCUGGGUGGCCAACACCCCAAUGGACCCCCGAAGCCUCGUUGGCAUCAAUGGAAAAGAAUGGGACCCAGAAAGCCGUCUUGUCUCUGACUGCUCCCGGAGCUGUCAUCGCCCCAGACAAUAUCAGCAGACGCCAACUGGCCCGACAGGCCAACGAAUAUGCCCCUAGCUUGCGAGAUGCAAAGCCUGAUCGAUUUGGCUUCUUCGCAGCAUUGCCGUGCCUGUCAGACACUGAAGGAGCACUGGAGGAGAUUCGGUACAGCCUAGACGUACUCAAGGCCGAUGGCGUAACGCUGUUCACUCGAUACGGCUCCGGAAAUCACUAUCUGGGCCAUCCGGACUUCCGUCCCAUCUGGGAGGAGCUCAACCACCGCAAAGCGGUCGUGUUCAUCCACCCUACUCACCCAGCCGAUACCAAUCGCGUCAACCCCAGUCUGCCUCAACCAGCCAUUGAUUAUCCCCAUGAAACCACUCGAACCGCCGUUGAUCUUCUCACAACCGGCACAAAGCGGGCUUUUCCCGACUGCAAAGUCAUCCUCUCCCACGCUGGUGGCACCCUGCCCUACCUGAUUUCUCGCUUAACGACGGUCACAAAGUCCCCAGAAGCAACAUACAAUCCGUACAAGACAAAUCCAGGUAAUAUAGUGGAAGAUUUCAAGUCAUUCUACUUUGACUUGGCUCUUUCUAGCUCUUCUGCCGUGCUAACCCUUCUGUUGAGCCUUGUGCCUCAUGAUCACAUUCUGUAUGGAUCCGACUUCCCAUACGCUCACAACGAUAAGAUUGCUGGGUUUAGGGAAGCUUUGGAUGAGCAUCCCCUAAACCAAGAGCUGAGAGAUCGAAUCUACUUUGAAAAUGCCGAGAAAAUAUUCUCCCGUCUCUGACAGAUGGAGUUGUUGGCCUCAAUAAAUGAGAUUAGAAAUGAAU